AUGCCAAACUACAUUUAUAAUUACGCAAACACCAAGGAUAAUGAGCACCUGCUUUAUCGAAUUAAGAUGGCUUCAUUCACGGGCUAUUAUAUUGGUUCCUUUAAUGCGGCUCUCACCUACCUCCCUGCUCUAUUGAGCGGUCGUAAUGUGUAUGGGAGUGGUAUUAAGGCAGUUCGUAUACUGGCUCUUGGGCUCUCUGCCGGUGCUGUACACGCUAUCGCCAGUUACGCCAGUGCGAAACUCCUCAACAAAGAGCAUAGUCCAUUCAGCCACGCAGUAGGAGGUGCUGCUGCCGCUUUCCUUGUUCGUUACAAAGCGCCUUUCGCUAGUCAAAUGAACAUGGUGCUUUGCUUCGCUACCCUCUCUGCAAUAGGCAAACUGUGUGAGAUGGUGAGACCACGAUUCGCCAACCAAAGUAUUGGUCGUUGCCGUGGUUGUGUUCCCAAUGCCUACAUUUCACUGAACCAUCGCUACAUGAACAGAAAAUGGCGGGAGGAGGAGGAGGAAUUGGAAAAAUUCCUAUGCUUUGUUUCCAGAUCAUUUCUAUCCCAUACAGAUCAUGAAGCUCUAAUUAUGCAAGGCUCAGAAUCUAUCCAUAACUUGGUUCGUGUUUCGGUCGCAUAUCCGCGACUAUGCCGGGUCUGUGAUGAUUACAUCAUAACUCCACGAUGUGCAGCCCGACAAUGUAUCACGUGCGGGUGUCUUCUUCAUGCCAUCUGUGCCGGUAGGGCGGGGAGUUGUCAGGGAUCUUCAUCUACUCUCGCCGCUUCUGGCAUCAAGUCUUCAGAAGAUAACGAGGCGGCGGACGACGCUGAUGAUUCCACUGGCGUAACUCUCUCUGAUCAGCCUCUUGCAAACUGGUCAGUCGAGCAAAUUCUUCAAUGGCUGGUCGUAGUUGGCCUCUCGCGCUACGCUGCCCUCUUCCUCUCCUAUAACGUCAAUGGCGAGACAUUGCCAGGCUUGUUAAAACCCCUUAGUCCAUUGGACGAUAUCAAAGAUCCUUUUGCGCGCCAUGCUUUGAAACGGGCCAUAAUGACCCUCACUGGAGAUAUCCCCUCACCGGCCGAUAGAACGUUUUCCUCUUCGAAGCACCCUCCUGACGCACCACAUACUGAUAUGCAUUUGCAAAACUUUGCUUGUGAAUUGGCGUGCUGCGUCUGCGGCCUCCCACUUUUGGGACUAAUCUCUCAGGGUUAUCAAUGUAUCGCCUGUGGCAGUGCCUUCCAUCGCAUUUGUCGCGUCUUCACUGAAGAACAUCCAGCCUGUCCAAACCAAUUAUUAGUAGAAUCGCUACUCUUACCGCAAAACAAUCUAGAUUCACCCCCAGAUUUCAAUUUGGAUCAGGCAGGUGGGACGCUGCCUGUUGCGGCACCAGUUAUAAAGCACACAUACUUCACCAUCCCGCUCGAUAAACAAAUUACUGAUGCUGACGAGGUUCCAAUAUUCCUCUCCACUGCUACUCGCAUUUUCGAGCAACUGGCGACUCACAACGCCCAGGAGACUACAAAUCAGCGUCUUUCUCAGCAGCCCUCAUCUUCAUCUGUUUCAUCAAAUUCCGUUUUGCCGAUGGUAAACUGUGUGGAUGUAUACCGAGCCUCCGCGACCGGUCGGGAGCUCUUCGAGCUUGAGUGUGCCUACGCCGAUUGUCUACCCACCGACCUGGAGAAGAUGACGUCAGUUUCAACGGUACAGCGGUUGGUUCGACUAGCGCAGAUCAUCAAACGUUUUCUCAAACAACUACCUGAACCUGUGAUUCCUGCAGAAAUGUACCAGAAAAUCCUGGACUUAGUACCUGACAACAAUAGCAGUUGUGAAUCCGCCAUUCCUGGUGAUACUUCUGGUCUUGAAGAAUUUCUCUCUUGCCUACCCCCUCCCAAUUUCGCCACUCUUCGACACGUGAUGCAACACGUCGGAUUUAUCCUUUGUCACCAACGUCUGCUCAAGGUUCGCCUCUCUGUUGGUCAUCUUCGACAGACUUGUGUCUCUGGUUCUGGUGCUGCUAGUAGUACCAUCGAUAAUCUUGACGACCCUAGCCUCAUUCUCUCUAUCCUCGCUCAUGUCCUCAUGCGACCCACCUGGCGUCGUGUGGUUCUUCUUGCCUCACCUGAUGGUGACUUUCGACGCCUAAAAGCGCUAAAGCUUCUCUUUGAACACUUCAAUCGGGCCCCUGGAACUUCCGAUUCCAUGGGUCGGACUCACAGUCGAUCGGCACGGUCGAUUAAAAGCUAUGAAUGCUACGCGGAGCUAUUGGCCCAAUCUGGUGGUGGUUCGAUUCGUUACGUAACACCUCCAAUUGUGGGUGAGGGAACGGACGUAGCCUCGCAAUGGGGCCCACCGACAGCGCAAUCUAUAGAGCGCAAUCGGCGUGAUCUUGCCACACGCGACUGGUACUGGGGCGAUGUGUCGCGCUCCGAAGUGAGCGAAAUUAUGCGUGAACGACCCGAUGGGGCUUUUCUUGUUCGCGACUCUUCUGCCACCACUGGUGCCUUUACGCUUACUGAGAAGCGCAACUACAGCAUCCUCCUCUUUCGAAUCUACCAUCGUGGUGACGUUUUCGACAUUAGUAAUCCACCUUCACCGGGUUUUCCAUUGGUGUCUGCCCUAGUGGCCUACUAUCAACAACAGAGACCCUUUACUAGCAUCGAUGCACCCAUCCCAAGGCUAUUGUAUCCUGUGGUACGAAAUAAUUUACUUGAAUUGUCGCUAAAUCAAGUAUCAGUCAGCUCCGAUCAGAUCGUCAAGACCUUACUCACUGCAUUGAGGUCCACCUCUGUAGAAUUGAACCAGAUGGAGGUCAGGGUUGACAAGUUGAACUACCGUUCAAGUCAAUUGAUGCACCAAAUGGCCGUGACAGCAAGCCAAAUUCUAGCCCUUAAACGUGCAAGGGAAUGGUUGAAGAAGGCUAGCUCACAGCUCUCAAUCAGUCAAAAGGCUGUUAAGGGUGUCAGCUAUGCAUCAUUUGAAGUGCAAGCUAACAUCUUAGAAGACCGUCUCGCCUGGGCCAAAUCAGCUCGGCAGGUUAAACGUCAACAACAUAGAAGCCUUAUUGAUCAAAUCCGAGAGGUUUCCGAGGUCCAGGUGGUACUCUGCUCCCAAAAGCACCAGGUCCGUCGUCGCAUGCAGGAGAUUAGGCGCGAACUCAAACGUCGCGGCAUCUCUGAUGAAGUCAUUUGUGCCUGUGACUCAGGCUCCAUGGAUUCCACCACGUCGACAGCAACGGUGGGAGCAACGGAAAGCAUGGAUAGCGAUUUGGAGUCAUUAUCUUUGGCUUCGCCACCGGCAUUGCCAACCUUGGAUCGUUCCACGUGGUUCGCAGAGAUGACGAGACAGGAAGCUGAGGACGUGCUGUUUAACAAACCCUCAGGGACCUUCCUCAUCCGACCCUCAGCCAUGGCCAACAGAUUUGCAUUAUCUGUCAAAGCGGGCCCCUGCGUUCAGCAUUGCCUCAUCUACAGUGCUCGUGUCAGUGAUAGUUACGGUAACACAACGUCACGCUGGGGCUUUUCAGAGAAGACACUAGUUUUUCCUUCUUUAGAUGACUUGGUUGCCUUCUAUCGUAAUACUAGUCUGGCUCAACACAAUGCUCUCUUGGACACGACGCUAGCUCUACCAGCCUUUGCAUUGACAUCCACUUCACCGCUAGAAAAGACGCCAACGAAGUCGGUGACGAAUUAA